AUGGGUCUGCUAGACGGUCUGAUCACGGGCUUUGCGCGUAAGAGCAAGUUUGGGCGCUCGCACUCGCUGCGUCCGCUCACGAGCAAACGCGCCAACCGCCGCUUCUACAAGGGCAACGGCUGCCGCAACGAGGGGACCCAUGCGAAACGUGGGCGGUACGUUGUGGACUCGGACAAGUUGCUGCAGCUCGAAGUGCCGGACCUCACGGGCUUUAAGCUCAAGCCGUACGUGUCGCCGCUGACGCCCAACCGCCGCCCGCAGUAG